CCACAAAGUCUAAAUUUGAGGCACGCACACUGACGUAAGGACGCAUGCUUCAGCCAACGCAGAUAUGACGCGUCACACAUGCGACGAAAAUCAACACAUUUUUUCCCCCAUCACCACCAGCUAACGUUAGUGCAAGGAACGUCUGAAGCAAAGGCAACUGGGUCCCUCGUAAUACACAUUCUACAGAGAGGUUUGGACCUCAAUCCAAAAUGACAGACACAAAGCGUCUUGCCAUCUCCAUCAUUCAGUUUCUUCAUGAUCAACUGGGCUCUGGGAGUCUAUCGUCAGAUGCUCAGGAAAGUUUAGAAGUUGCAGUCCAAUGCCUGGAGACUGCCUUUGAGGUCUCGACCGAUGACCAGACCCUAUCUGUCACUCAAACAUUACCAGAGAUUUUUGCCUCUGCGACACAGAAGCAUCCCGAAACCUCCCAGGUGAAAAUAAACACAGCCACAGAUUCCCCUACUGGGGAGGAAGUAGCAGAGGCAGAGAGACUCAAAACUGACGGCAAUGAUCAAAUGAAGGUUGAGAAAUUUGGGGCAGCUGUGGAAUUCUACUCAAAGGCUAUUGCCAUAAACCCCCAGAAUGCAGUCUACUACUGCAACAGGGCUGCUGCAUACAGCAAACUAGGCAACUACGCUGGAGCAGUUCAGGACUGUGAACUUGCCAUUGGGAUUGACCCAAACUACAGCAAAGCAUAUGGAAGAAUGGGGUUGGCUCUAGCCAGUUUAAACAAACACACAGAAGCUGUAGGUUAUUACAAGAAAGCCCUAGAGUUGGACCCAGAGAACGACACCUACAAAUCCAACCUGAAAAUAGCAGAGCAGAAAAUGGAGACUCCAAGCCCAACAGGAGGAAUGGGAGGAGUUGAUCUGGCUGGUUUGCUCAGUAACCCUGGUUUCAUGAACAUGGCGUCCGGUUUGAUGAACAACCCACAAGUACAGCAAAUGAUGUCGGGGAUGAUGUCAGGGGCUUAUGGGCCAAUGGGAGCUCCAGCAGUGCCUGGGUUAGGAGCAGGGUCAGGGUUAGGAGCUGGACCAGGGUUAGGAGCCGGACCAUUAGGAGCUGGACCAGGGUUAGGAGCCGGACCGGCAGCAGGAGUUGGAGUAGUGGGAGCUGGUCCAGGUGACAUCUCUGGUCUCAUCCAAGCGGGCCAACAAUUUGCGCAGCAAAUGCAACAGCAGAACCCAGAGCUAAUUGAACAGCUGAGGAGUCAAAUUCACAGCCGGACACCUAGUGGUAGCAACGAAGAACAACCUUGACCCUCAGACGGAGGAAGAUUUGUGUGGAAGACAUGUAUUUUUUUUUCUAUGUAUGAUUUGUAUUAUCUCCCAACUCUAUGGACAAAAAGCUUUUCAUCACUGAGUAAUUAUUGUAUGUGUGCUCCACCCCCCUGUUUUUAAGGAAACUGAUCAGCAAAACAUUGCGGGAAUGAUGAAAUUUGAUAAACCUGCUGUCAACAGAUAUCUAGUCCGAAGUGUCUGCAAUGUCACACCAGUUUAGCUCUUGGUUUAGCUGUUUAAUGUUACUAUUCCUUGCCAGUGAACUGUUGUCGGAACUGAACACCCCCCUCCUCCUCCUCCGUGAACUACAUGCAGCUGCAUCACUUGAGCUUUAUCAUUUCAGGUACACAGAAACACCUUGAGAUUAUGCGAUGAUACAGUUUAGCAGUCAUAUACAUUUGAGAAGCAUCUAUUUGUACAAUGAAAUACUGGUUGGCAGGGAUGGUAUCUAGAGUACUGUCAAUAUUAUGGGAAUUUCAAAUUAGCAUAUCAAAUAGGACCUAUUGGUGUCCUCCGUAAUCCAGGAGUUGUUUAAGCAUGAUACACUGUUUUUUGUUAUUCUAUAAUACGAAUGUCAGUGUUACACUGUUUGGGUUUUUUUCUAACGUGGGUGGCUGUCUGUUUUUGUUCACAAUCUUUGAUUAAAUCAUACUAAUAAAUUA